CCUUCCCAACCCGCCAGUUUCACGCGGGCAUUCGGACGCACGUAUCGCGUUCCGCGCUCGCGUCGCGACUGACGCAACUCAACGAGCCGCGUUCGAAAUUCGAAAAUUCGAAUAAUUUUUUUUUCCACCAUGGUCCGGACCAAGGACGGCGAUGGCGGCAUAAAAAGUUGCUCCAUAGUGUCCGAAGUGCAAAAGAGGCCGUGCCUAUUCGACACCAACCACACGAAUUAUGGUGAUAGAGCUGAAAAAUUACGGUGCUGGGAGGAAGUUUGCGAGAGCGUAGUGCCUGGCUGGUCUACGCUGCCGGAGACGGAGAAGUUGGCGGCGGGUAAAGAGGUGCAGAAGAGGUGGCGGUCAAUACGCGACUCGUACACGAAGGCGUACAGGCAGGGCAAGUGUCCGCCGCCGGAGCACUGCGCGCCCGGCAGCCGCCGCUACCAGUACCACAGGCAGAUGUCCUUCCUGCUGCGAGCGCUGAAGAACAAAAAACCACGAUACUCCCAAGAUAAAUAUGAGUCGUUCUCAGAGAUUUCCAACUCGCCCCAACACCCGCCGCCGGAAGAGAUGCCCCGCAUCAAGCACGAGGGCAUAGAUAAACCGCUGGAUUUAAAAACAAAACCCGACCCGCCAGAACGGCCAGAGACAAUAGACAAGUGCAACCAGACCAUAGACACGGAGAAGAAACUCGAAAUCAAGAUCGACGCUAACACCAUCUUACCGGACGACCAUUUCAACGAUGACAAAAUGUUCAUGAAUUCUCUAUUGCCAUUGUUCAAGAAAAUGGACGACGACACCCGACUGCUGUGUCGCAUCGAAGUACUGAAGAUAAUAAGAUACGCGCUGCAGGGGAACAAUAGCUUCGAAGCGUUGAAAAUGGCGGAGGAUAGCUUUUUCAAAAAUCGAAUUAGCGGGAUUCUCUCGAAAGAGGUGGAGGUCAUGAACAAGACGGAGUCCACGUUGUCUAUGACUACGCGCUCGGCGGAUGGCAGCCGGCCGGUUAGAAAACGGCGGCUGCGUUCACCAUCGCCUUUGCCGAUGCCGCCGAAACGGAGAGGCCCCGGACGUCCCAGAAAAAUCCGCCCACCACCAUCGGACUCUGAGGAAGACCGGCCGAAGAAACAAAAGAGCUAUCCAAAGCUAAAAGUAUCACCAAUAGAGGUCAAUCUCACGCCCGACGAAGAUUCCUUGAGCAAAGCCACAAGUGUCGCUCAGUUGUCCACCCCGCUGUUUAUGAAGAUGUAUAAUUUGGAGCGCUCUAAACCAGCCGCUACGAAUAUGCAAGUGUCCGUCAAAACUGAGCCCGUCGACUAUCCCGAGGCGAAUUAUUUAAUUUAAAUUAUUUCAUCUCUAUGCACAGAUUUAGGAAUAAAUUUAAUUGUCUAUGUCAACUAUUAUAUAUAUUUAUGGUUAUUUUUAUAUUAUUUAAUGUUUUUUGUUCUUCUUGUGGAAGUUAUUUGUUGAUGCACAUAGAAAAUUAACUUAUGUGCAAAGUUAAUAGUAUAAAAACUUGAUGUGUAGAAGAAUACUUGUUGUAUUUAAAGACAUUAUAAUUAUUUCGCGCCAAAAAAUGAGAAUUUGAAAUCGCGGCUGUUAUCUGUAUUUCAAAAUAAGCGGGAAAAUGAAACAAUGUUAGAAUGACACAUUCGCCGCUAUUUUGCAUUCAAAAUUCCAUUUUUUGGUGACAAAUCAAUACACAUAUAUAAAUAUAUAUACACGGGUCUUUCAUAAAAUACGUAAGAAUCGAAUUUAUUAUAUCUUCUAUCAAAAUUUGUCAUGGAUAUAUAUUUUUUUAAUAAUUUAUAUAAUUAUUUGUGUAUGUACACAGAUGAAGUUUUUUUUUGCUAUUAGGUAAUGACUUGACAAUUUAUUUCACGUGUUUUAUGAGUGCUCCCUUGUGGUAUAUUUAGUUACGGAAUGAUUGUGAUAUAUUUUUAGGUUAUAGUUUUAUUUAUACUUUUAAAUUCUUAUAGAAUCUAUGUGUAUACAGAUAUCGGUGUUGUGUGGUUCUUUUACAAUUAAAUAGUAAAACUGUUGUGUAAACAAAAUCAAAGCAUUUCUAGUUAACUAUGUUAAGUUUUAGUUAGUUAGGAAUUUAUUAAUAAAUAAAAUAAUUGUUUAGCAAAAAGUACAGCAAAGGAGAUGGAAGUAUUUUUAGCGGUUUUACAGUAUUUGAUAUAUUUCGUAGAAAAUAUUUAAAUCGAGACCAAUGUCGGACUUGUAUGGGAAACAUUUUAAUAUUGAGAUUUUAAGUGGAAAUUCGAGUUUUUAAAAUUGCGAAAAUGUGAUCUCUUGAUGUGAAGCUGUACUUUAUAUUUGAAAUAUUGAUGUUUUUACGAUACAGUACAUUCCAAAUUGUAAGAAAAUUUAACUGUCUUACAAGUAUGUUAUAUGUAAAAUGAAUGU